GGUGAAGCAAAGGUUAUCUGUGAUGAUAACAGUAUCAGCAUUGUAGUUAGUAAAGCCUCCAUGGAUGGAAUAGACCAGAACUGGCUCCAACUGCGAGACCCCACCUGCUCCCUUACCUCCAAUGACACCCACAUCCUGGGCACGAUGUCCCUCAACACCUGUGGCACUAUGAUGGAUGACUCUGGAGAUUUCAUCGUCUUCAAAAACGAGAUCAACUCCUUUGAGAACCCGAAUGCUGUCAUCACCAGACGCAAUCAGGUUAAAUUCGGCUUCUCCUGCCAGUAUCCCAAAAUGGCCAGUGUCUCCAACCGCUACGUUAACCAUAAAUCUGACUACAUCUUCACUGAAUCCAGUUUCGGCACGUUUGGUUACUCGUUUGAAGUUUUCACCGACAGCAGCUUCAACAGUCAGGUAGAUCCCAGCCUGUAUCCGGUGCAGGUUCAGCUGAUGGACCAGAUCUACAUGGGCAUUGAAGCUCAUACUGCUCUACCAGAGGUCACUCUCUUCGUUGAGUCCUGCAGAGCCACUCCAGAAGACAAUCCAUUCAGUGCCGUCUUCUAUGACAUCAUCAAAGAUGGGUGAGAUUUUAUCGUGAACCAG